UAUUUUUUCCACCUCUUCCCUUCUCUCAAAUGCUAGUGGUUCUCUUCUCUCCUCUUCUCCCUCCUCCUUUAACACUUUCUCAUAUUCUCUUUAAUUAACCUUUUUUCCCCUUCUCUUCUAUCUAUCUAUGUAGGUUAGCUGCUUAAAACAAAGGGGUAAAAAAAAAUACAAACAAACAAAACAUAGUAUAUGGGGAGAAGAGAUGGACAAAGAAACUAAUAAUCAUCACCACCACCACCAAGAAAGCCCAUCUCUCCUCCCUAACACCACCACUGCUGUUGCCGCCUCCGCAACCGCAAUAACAGUCAUCCCCAAGGAAGAGUCUCCUAGAAAACCACUGAGCGGUGGCGGUGGCGGUGGUGACAGGUUAAAGCGAGAUGAGUGGAGUGAAGGAGCUGUUUCAAGCCUUCUAGAGGCUUAUGAAAGAAAGUGGGUUCUAAGAAAUAGGGCUAAGCUUAAAGGCCUUGACUGGGAAGAUGUUGCUAGGUAUGUGUCGUCUAGAGCCAAUUCUACCAAAUCACCGAAAACGCAAACACAGUGCAAGAACAAGAUCGAGUCCAUGAAGAAAAGGUACCGAUCGGAGUCCACUGCCGAUGCCUCCUCGUGGCCUCUCUACUCCCGCCUUGAUCUUCUGCUACGUGGAAAUGGGGUGCCGCCAACUGCCGCCGCUUCUGCCGCUGUGGUCGUCACUACAUCGUCACCAGCACAGCCACCUCUACCUCCCAUGCCGCCUUCUCAUCCACCUCCUCAUCUUCAUACCAAUAACUCGCCUUUAUUGCUCUUGGAGCCGACACCGGUAGCGGUGGCGAUGGUGCCACUGCCGCCGCCUCCGCCAUCGCCUCCUCCUCCUCCGCUACACGCUGCUCCACCUCUAAUUGGAGCGGCACAAAAUUCACAUGGAUCUAAUGGGGUUGAGAGACUAACCAAGGAUGAUACAGGUGGCAUAAACAAAAUGCUUAUAUCAGACCAUGCAUCGGACAAGAAAAUUAAUAAUAAUUCAAUGGACAUAACGUCGGACAGUAGUACACCCGCACUUUACAGCGAAAAGGCGGAGAAGAUAAGGAGUUCGUCGCGAAAGGCGGGGACGGCGGUGAACAAGAUAAUGAAGAGGAAGAGGAAGAAGAAGAGGAAGGAAGAGUUGGAGGUGGCGGAGAGCAUACGGUGGCUGGCGGAGGCGGUGCUGAAGUCAGAGCAAGCUAGAAUGGAGGCAAUGAGAGAGAUCGAGAGGAUGAGAGUUGAAGCGGAGGCCAAGAGAGCUGAAAUGGAGCUCAAGAGGACUCAGAUUAUUGCCAAUACUCAACUGGAGAUUGCUAAGCUUUUUGCUUCAGCUGUUCAUGUUGGUAAAGCUGUUGAUUCUUCUUUAAGGAUUGGAAGAAAUUAACUGACAUAUCAAUCGUCAUAUUUAAUAUAUUUAUAUAUAUAGCUACUACGUAACGUACACAAUAUGUACGUAUAUAGUACUCACAUGAAUAUGUAUAGAGAUUUACUUGUUAUAUAUAUUAAAUCACCAGUAGUGAAGGAAAGACAACAAGGAAACGAGACAAGUCUAGUUUUCGACGGAUGAGAGAUUUUAAUUAACAUGAUCAUCAUGUAAUGAUUAUUAUACGACGAGAUUAGUGUAAUAUUUAGUAGCAUAGUAAA